AUGCCUGUUCCGUUUGAGACUCUGUUGCCCUAUGCCAUCAUGAUUGGCAUGUUUGGUGUCACCGGGACUGGUCUUGCUGUAGUCAAGGCGUGGCGCAACGAAGGCAAGCGGCCACGGUACUCACUGGACCAGUGGGACAGAAUCAUUCAAGAUAUAAUUGUUUCUUUGUACGGCGUUCAAAUCGAGACUAACGCUUUGUCUCAAGUGAUGGACCGCGAUCGCAGACUUACCGGCACGCUGCGAGGACAAAUAGACAGGCCAGAAGCACCACCGGGGUUCGAAUUCUCGAACGGUUGGAAGCUGGAAAAGCGCUUUACCUGA